AUGGUCGUGACUGUUGCCACAGUUCACCAGUCCUAUUGCCCUGUACAUCAAUUUUGGUAUCUCGUCCAAGAAAUGACUCAACGAUUAUGUCCACAACAAUGCUCGAUGGCAACAACUUCAAAAUACAAGCUCGAGGAUGAGCUUCUUCAAGGAAUGAAGAUGUCGGGAAUCAUCCAGCCCACCAGACAGAUGUUGGGUGUGUGUGCUCCGCUGGCAUGA